CGAACCGUUAAUCAUUGAGCCACUUCACCCAUCUAUGUUUGGUCAGGUAAUCCCUAAUUUUGCCAAAUUCCAAUUCCAUUAUCCGAAGAGUUCCCAAACGGCCCGAAUGGCUAAAGCUUGACAAGCCUUCUCUCUGCAUCACUGCCUCCCCUAUUCAACAUUCAAAUUACACAGAAAAAUGGCUCAAUUCUGGAAGCCGGGAACGGAGCGGCCCCGCCUCGUCGACGACGAAGACGGCGGUGUCCUCCUCUACUCAUCCUCACCCUCGUUCUCCUCCGGUUUCGGACAUGGGAAUAUAGAGAAGCAGAGGCAAAGGCUCCCGGUGCACAAGUACAGAACCGCCAUUCUCUAUCUGGUGGAGACGCAUUCCACCACUAUCAUUGUGGGGGAGACUGGCAGCGGAAAAACAACCCAGAUUCCUCAGUAUCUUAAAGAAGCUGGGUGGGCAGAGGGAGGACGCCUGAUUGCCUGUACUCAACCGAGGAGAUUGGCCGUGCAGGCAGUUGCUUCUAGGGUUGCUGAAGAGAUUGGAGUAAAACUUGGUGAAGAAGUAGGAUAUACAAUCCGAUUUGAAGAUGUUACAAACGCGGACUUGACAAGAAUCAAGUUCCUAACUGAUGGAGUAUUGCUAAGGGAAAUGAUGGAUGAUCCUCUACUGAGCAAGUAUAGUGUGAUAAUGGUAGAUGAAGCACAUGAAAGGUCUAUUUCUACCGAUAUCUUAUUGGGACUUCUGAAAAAGAUCCAACGACGCCGGCCUGAGCUGCGUCUUAUCAUUGCUUCGGCUACAAUAGAAGCAAGAUCAAUGGCGGAUUAUUUCAAAACCAGAAGGCGUUGCUUAUCAGAGCAGGAGGAGAAUGUACCUAGUAGAAAACCCGCCAUUCUCUCAGUAGAGGGAAGGGGAUAUAGUGUGGAGGUAUUUUAUGCUGACAAUCCCGUUCCUGAUUAUGUCCAAGCUGUUGUCUCGACGGUGUUGUCAAUCCAUGAUCAUGAGCCCAUGGGAGAUAUCUUGGUGUUCCUCACAGGUCAAGAUGAUAUUGACACUGCUGUUCAGAUGCUCACAGAUGAAACCCAGAGUAAACAAAUACAAGGAUUGAUAUUUGUACCACUGUACUCAGGACUGCCACGAUCUGAUCAGGAUUUGGUGUUCUCUCCAACUCCCAGAGGAAAGAGGAAAGUGGUAAUAUCAACGAAUAUUGCAGAGACUUCAUUGACUUUAGAGGGUAUAGUUUAUGUGAUUGAUUGUGGGUUCUCAAAACAACGGUUCUACAACCCGGUUUUAGACAUCGAGAAUUUGAUAGUGGCUCCCAUAUCCAAAGCUUCGGCUCGACAAAGGGCAGGUAGAGCUGGAAGAGUUCGGCCUGGAAAAUGUUUUAGGCUGUAUACUGAGGAGUAUUUCUUAAAUGAAAUGGCUUCUCAGGGAAUUCCAGAGAUACAGAGAUCAAGCCUGGUUUCAUGUGUUAUUCAGUUAAAGGCCUUGGGUAUUGACAAUAUAUUAGGUUUUGAUUGGCCUGCAUCUCCAUCACCUGAAGCAAUGAUUAGAGCACUUGAAAUAUUGUACUCUCUUGAGGUGCUUGAUGAUGAUGCUAAACUCACUUCACCUACUGGGUUUCAAGUUGCUGAGAUUCCAUUGGAUCCAAUGAUCUCAAAAAUGAUCCUGGCUUCAAGUGUAUCUGGAUGCUCCGAGGAAAUUAUUACUAUCACUGCAGUUCUUUCAAUACAGUCCAUCUGGAUUUCGUUAAGGGGAGUACAAAAGGAAAUGGAUGAAGCAAAGUUAAGAUUUGCUGCAGCUGAGGGUGAUCAUGUGACUUUCUUAAAUGUGUACAAAGGAUUCAUUCAGUCAAAAAAAUCUUCCAAAUGGUGUCAGAAGAAUUUCAUUAACUAUCAUGCCAUGAAAAAAGUUAUGGAAGUUAGGGAACAACUAAGAAGGAUUGUUCUGCAUUUGGGCUUAAGCUUGAAAUCAUGUGAGGGGGACAUGCAGGUACUAAGGAAAACGAUUACGUUGGGAUUUUUCGCUAAUGCUUGCCGUUUAGAGCCAUUUAGCCACAAUGGCAUGUACAAGACAGUAAGGAGUUCUCAAGAAGUUUAUAUUCAUCCUUCGUCUGUUUUAUUCAGGGUAAAUCCGAAGUGGGUGAUAUACCAAUCUCUGGUUUCCACAGAUAGACUGUACAUGCGAAAUGUGAUCUCCGUAGAUCCUUCUUGGCUGAGAGAGGCUGCUCCACAUUUUUACCAACUUCAACACCCUUCUUCUAUCCCUCAUUAAUCCCCCCCCCUAAAAAUGUAUCCUCUCUGUGUACAUAGGCUACAUUGUGCUGAUAUAUAUAUAUAUCCUGCAUCUGGUGACAUUUUUGUAACAUUGUAGUGACGAUUACUUUUUGUUGUUGCGGGGUUUGACGAUUACUUAUUAUUCAUCUA